AUGCCACUUGUCAUUUCACCCAAAGAACACAUAAAGAAUUUUUGCUUGAAACGAUUCAUCCAGUAUAACCGUGAUUGGAUUGAUCAGCAAGUCUCGGAAUACGGCGCAGUUCUUUACCGAGGCUUCGAUAUCAACUCAGCUGCUGACGUAGAAGAAGCGGUCAAGGCUCUGGAGCCAGACCUGAGCAAUGAGUAUAGAGGAACCAGUCCCAGAAACGCAGUCAAUGGAUCGACCUAUGUCUUUUCGGCUGCCGAAGUUCCCUCUCACUAUCCUAUUGCACAACACUUGGAAAUGAGCUUCUUGCCAGCUCCUCCCAGACGGCUUUUCUUUAGCGCCCUUCAAGCACCGAAGACCAAAGGUGGGGAGACUGCAUUGUCAGACUUCCGAAAGGUCUAUCGAGAUAUCCCGAAGGACCUGAGGGAAAAACUAGCUCGGAAAAAGCUCCGAUACACUCGAACUCACUACAGGAAGGGUGCUAACCCAUUGUUCACCAACGACAUCUCAUCCUUGGAUUCAUGGCAUGAUAUCUUCAAGACCACAGAUAGGUCCAAGGUGGAAGAAAUUGCCGCUAAGGAAAAUUUUCCCGUUAGAUGGGAAGGGAAGAACAAGGACGUAUUCGUCAGUGAAUAUCAGUCCGAACCCUUUCAGCUGCACCCUGUUACCAAAGAGCCAGUAUGGUUCAAUCAUGCUCAAGUAUUUCAUUGGACAACCUAUCCAUCAGAACUCUGGAACUCGUUCAAGCGUAUUCGAGACAUUCGGCUCUUGCUUCAAUGCGGCAAGGCAUGGACCAUGGCAUUUACAACUUAUGUAGUCUUUCGUCGCAAAAUGGCCCUUACCGUGACCUUUGGAGAUGGAGAACCGAUUUCCAUAAAGGAAAUGGGUAUAAUUCGCAAGACUAUUCAUAGACACAUGAUAUUCAAUCGGUGGCAAAAGGGAGAUAUCUUGGAAAUCGAUAAUUUUGCCACCUCCCAUGGACGGGAGCCUACAUAUGACAAGGGACGAAAGAUUGUGGUUUCCUGGAGCAGUGCACUGACCAAGUCGAAUGAUCCAGUCUAG